AUGGCGAGGGUCUCAGAUGUAGCAACGGGGAACGACCGAGUGGGACUGGUGUACAUGUUUAACCUCAUUGUGGGCACCGGGGCACUCACCAUGCCCAAGGCCUUUGCCACCGCCGGGUGGCUCGUCAGCCUGGUCCUGCUGGUGUUCCUGGGCUUCAUGAGCUUCGUGACGACUACCUUCGUGGUCGAGGCCAUGGCCGCAGCCAACGCCCAGCUCCGCUGGAAGAGGAUGGAGAACCGCCAGGAGGAGGAAGAGGAUGACUCCUCCACGGCCUCCGACAGUGACGUCCGUGUUCAGGACAGCCACGAGCGGGCAGAGAGACGACCCAUCCUGUCAGUGCAGAGACGUGGGUCUCCGAACCUUUUUGAAAUCACAGACCGGGUAGAGAUGGGACAGAUGGCCUCCAUGUUCUUCAAUAAAGUGGGGGUCAACCUGUUCUACUUCUGCAUCAUCAUUUACCUGUAUGGGGACUUGGCCAUCUACGCUGCCGCCGUGCCCUUCUCCCUCAUGCAGGUGACCUGCAGCGCCACCAGCAACGAGUCCUGUGGGGUGGAGGCCGACGCCAAGCACAACGACACGGACCCGUGCUGGGGGCCCCUGCGCCGUGUGGACGCCUACCGCAUCUACCUGGCUGUCUUCACUCUCCUCCUUGGACCCUUCACCUUCUUUGACGUCCAGAAGACCAAGUACCUGCAGAUCCUGACCUCCCUGAUGAGAUGGGUUGCUUUUGCCAUCAUGAUCGUGCUGGCCCUGGUCCGCAUCGGGAACGGGCACAGGGAGGGGCACCCGCCCCUGGCUGACUUCUCCGGGGUCCGGAACCUGUUUGGGGUGUGCGUCUACUCCUUCAUGUGCCAGCACUCGCUGCCGUCCCUCGUCACACCGGUGUCCUCCAAGCGUCACCUCACUCGCCUGGUCUUCCUGGACUACGUGCUCAUCCUCGCCUUCUACGGCCUCCUCUGCUUCACCGCCAUCUUCUGCUUCCGCGGCGACAGCCUCAUGGACAUGUACACCCUCAACUUCGCGCGCUGCGACGUCGUGGGCCUGGCCGCCGUGCGCUUCUUCCUGGGCCUCUUCCCCGUCUUCACCAUCAGCACCAACUUCCCCAUCAUCGCCGUGACCCUCCGCAACAACUGGAAGACGCUCUUCCACCGCGAGGGGGGCACGUACCCCUGGGUGGUGGACCGCGUGGUGUUCCCCACCAUCACCCUGCUGCCCCCAGUGCUGGUGGCCUUCUGCACCCACGACCUGGAGUCCCUGGUGGGCAUCACAGGCGCCUACGCGGGCACAGGCAUCCAGUACGUCAUCCCCGCCUUCCUGGUGUACCUCAGCCGCAAGGACACCCAGCUGGCCCUGGGCUACGGCACCGUCAACAAGCACAGAUCCCCUUUCCGCCACACCUUCUGGGUGGGCUUUGUGCUGCUCUGGGCUUUCUCCUGCUUCUUCUUCGUCACUGCCAACAUCGUCCUCAGCGAGACCAAGGUCUGAUGGCGGGAUGUGGUCCGGUGACGAGAGAGGCGGGGGCUCCACGCUGGGCCCCUCGCUUACCUUCCCACCUGCAGGGCCAAGAGCUGACCCCUUCCCAGGGUGGCAAGGGGCAGGUGAGGCCAGACUCGUGGAGGGGACCCUCCUCGUCUCCUGCUAGGGGUCUUCUCCCCACCCACGAUCCCGUGCAGUCCACACCUCGGCUCACUCGCCAGGACGGCCUGCCUCCCAGGCCCCCCUGCCCCGGGGCGGCUGCUGGCGAACCUAGCCAUACAACCCGGGCACACAGCUGGCCCAGUUCCAGGACCGGUUACUGCUUUACGUGCCAGGGGCGGGCUCCUCCCCCCGCACAGUGGGGACAAAGUGGUGGCACUCCCGUUAUUUAUACCAGAGGCCACGUCCCCUCCUCCUCUGUCCUGCCCCUCCUGUGUCCUUGUCUGGGAAAACUCCACUAGUAGCUGCUGCCUCCUCAGGGCAAAUCCCAGGCCCAACCCUCCUCCCCACUGGCACUGCCAGUGACAGGCAGGUCCCACCUUCCCCUCAGGCCUGGAGUGGCCAGGUGCCACUCCACUCCUGGGAGAGGGCCUGGCCACCCCCGAUGACAAGAACGGGAAGUGCUGAUUGGCACCAGGGUCCCAGGACUGUGGCUCUCAGGGCCCUUGCUGUGGGUGCCAACACCUGUCCUGAGCUCCUGAGCCAGGGGUGACUCGGGAGCAGCAGGCAGGAGAGGUCCUUCCUCGGGGCACAGCUGCCCGGCAGCCGGGUUAAAGCGCAGAGCCUGUGACCCUUCAGAGCGAUUCUCUGCUCUCCUGACUGCACCCCUGGGGCCCUCAGGGUCCCCUGCGGUACAGGGGGGCUGUGCAUAAGGACCACUAAGGGGAGCUACCCUCACCCACCCCGCGGUGGCUCGGGGGCACCCUGGGCAUGUAGCGGUGAGCAGGCUCUGCGUCCCACCCUGUAAGAGGUCAGGCCUGCGGAGCGGCGGCAGGCUUGGCCGUCCCUGCUCCCACUCCAGCACUAAACGUGGCUCCCUUUUGAGCCAGGCCCUGGGUGCUCUGUUCAUACUCUCGGUGACCUUUGGGUGCUGCGGACUGAGAUGGGGCACCAGCCACCACUCUCAUGGAACGGAGGGUGGCUUCCUGGCCCCCUCACCAGCUCUUCCGUGGUCCCCUCCCUGUCACAGGCAUGCAUGCACCUGCUGGGCCAGCCCUUCUCAGAAACACAGGUGACUAGCGGACUCUGCAUUUUCAAUGUGCCUUCUGCUUCAGGACCUGGGGGUCCUUCCUGACCCCUCCCUGGCGUGCCCCCAGCCCUGGGCCUGGCCCUACCUGUCCUGGAGCCCAAAGCAGCUUGGCCCGGAGCUGCCUCUCUGGGGUGGGGUCUCAGGCCCCCACCCCCUCCCCACCCUUUGAUUUCAGUGCCUUGCUCACCUCUUGUUAGGGGACCUCCCCAGCCUUCCCUGCAUGGCGCGGUGUUCGUACCUUGGACAGAGCUACACCACCGGGUCUCCUGGGGCCCAGGUGGGUCUCGGAAGGAGAGGGAGGAGGAUGUGGGGUGUCCGCCAGCAGUGCUGCCUCCCGCCCCGGCCCCGGGCUGCCCCAGCCUGUGAGAACCCUCGGUCGCGAUUGACCAUGGUCUCCUUUCUCACUGCUGCCGCACAUCUCACAGCCUGUCCCCGAGUGUUGUGAUUUUCCAUCCAUGUGGAAAAUAGACGACCCUUCGCCGUCUGCCAUUGUGGCUUCUUCCCAGGAGGCCCCACCCCCGGGUGACGGACACCCCUGGCUCUGGCCAACCUGCAGCUGCCCAGCUGUUCGCUGAAAACUCAAAACAUCCGUCCUUACUCUUCUCCAUUUACACUCCCUCUUGCUUAAGGACAAAGCAAAUUAAAUCAUUCUGCCGCCCCAGGCUCCAAACCAAAUUUUGGAUGCGAAUUUAUUAGCAUCAUAAAGCCCAGGUUGAUUAAUGUGACAAUCUGGAGCCACACAGCAGGGCAGUCGGGUGGCUGCUUUCCCCUCCACCGAGCUGGGACGGCACCAGCCCCAGGGGGCCACACCCCUGCAGGUAACCCAGGGCACUCCCCACUGCCACUGCCUGGGGUCCUUUACGGCUCUGUGUUCACCUGCUGCCUGACCUGCCGGAGGUCAGAAGGGGUCGCCUUCCCCUCUGCUGCUGAUGGCCAGGGGGCUCGGGCAAGGGGGAGAGCCAGACAGAACCCCGCCGAUGUUUGUUCACCACGUGCGUGCGUCGGGCACGCUUGCUGCUUACGUCAGUGUGGUGAGGGGGGCGGGCGCGAUCAUGAUUUCCAUUUUACAGAUGGGCCCCCAGGGUCAGUGGCGGGGAGGGCAGAAGAGGAUGCCGGCCUGGCCUGGCCUCGGUACAGAUGUCAUUGUGGAGGAGGACAUAAAUCUGCCAGCCUCCACCCAAAGCCUUUCACCGGCAUUGCCCCAGACUGACCCCGAGGGCAGCCCAGGCCAAGGUGGGAGUUCGGGUUCCUGAGGGCCGUUUUGCCAGCGGCUCCUGCCUGCUCCCUCACCUGAGGCCAAGAGGCGGCUGCUGCCUUCUAGAUGGGGCAGAUGGCAGGUGACAGGCUGGGAGGCACUGCUGAGUGGUGGAAGGUGGGCAGCAGGCACCUUGCCAGGCCCUUAGCUACACAGCUGUUGUCGCCACACGGGGGCCGGGAGCAGCCCCGGAGAUAGGCAGAGAAAGAGUCAGAGUGGUGGAGGGGGAUGGGGGCACCUCAUGAGAAACCAGCCCCCAGGGGAGGAGCCUGGCAGUGCCAGGCCCCAGGGCCGUGGGACUGAGGGCAGGUCUGAGACUGAGACCGUGCCUGUCUCAGUCGGAUUCCUGAGCAGGGCUGACACCCGGUUGGCUAUGCUAAUGGCCACUGAAAAGCUGGCUCUCCUAAAACCCAGGACUGCAGGGGCGUUUUACUGCCCCUCCUCCCCGGGGCUGGGGCUCAUGGUGGUGUCGGUUGGAGAAAAAGAGAAGUGGUAGCUUCUCACUGCCUGGUAUGUGCCAUGUGCUUUCUGCGUGGACCUUGGCAUAACCUGGGGAUUAGGACCGUGGACCGAGCAGGCAGACCUGUCCCUUGCAGGCAGCGAGCCUCCUGCUCUUCCUCGCCGUUGGUAACACGGGUGAUGGCACCUGCCCCACUGACGGGUUGUGGGAAAAGUACUGAGCUUAGUGCCUGGCACAGAAGUGCUCAAUAAAAGCUAUUAUGUACUGA